AUGUCCGACUCCAAUCUCAAGGAAACUUUCUACCGCAAGUUCCAGCACGAUGUCGCAUCCCUCCAAGCCCAAAUCUCCGCUCUCCCCGAAACAGCACCUGCAAGCCGCGAGCGCAACCAGGCCAUAGACCAGUGUCUCGAGGGCAUAGAUCGCCUCUCGCACGAGGUCAAGGACGCGUCGAGCUACCUACCUGCAUAUGACCAGCGAACAUACAGCGAGGCGAUAAAAGGGCUGUCUGAAAAGCUGCAGACGGUAAAAAAUAGCUUUGAUCCACCCAAGAAAUUCAGCUUCAGGAAUAAGCGGAAAGACGGUGGUGCUGCGCCCGUCAACACUGCCACCAGCACUGUUACUACGACUACUACUACUGUAUCAACAGCGAAGCAGGAAACAUCGAGUUCAUCGCUGUCUGCAGAAGAAGCAGUGCCAUCACGACAAGAAAACAGUACUGCGCACCAGGACCAUGCAUCGACAUCUACAUCUGAACUCUCACACAAGUCUUCAGUUUACAUUUCGCUUGCACCGGCGGCUCCCUACGCCACUAGUUCGCCAGUCGUAUCGCACCUCGCGCGCUGUGUCGUUGAUCUCUCGCCUUCGACUUCGGCUGCAGAUGGUGGCGCGCCGUUUGCUACGCUGUAUCUGCGGAACAUCAAGGACAGCUUGAUCAUCUGUGGCCAUGUCUCUGGUGCUGUACACAUUACCCAUGUGUCGAAUAGCGUUGUGGUGAUGGCGUGUCGCCAGUUCCGCAUGCAUGCUAGCAGGAAUGUCGAUAUCUACUUGCAUAGCGCUAGUCGACCCAUUUUCGAGGACUGCGAGGGUCUGCGGUUUGCGCCUUUGCCCGAGUGUUAUAUCACACCAGACUUUGCGCAGUCGGCGAAUCAGUGGAAUCAGAUUGACGACUUCAAGUGGCUCAAGGCUGAGCCCAGUCCGCAUUUCUCCAUCCUCCCGGAGAAUGAGCGCAUCCCUGACCAAGUCUGGAGAGACGUGGUGCCUAGAACAAACAGCGCCACCCUUGAAGAUACUCUCGAGGCUGUCCAUGUGCAGUGACAAGGCCUGGUGCCCACAACACGAUACUCAACCCCAAAGAGACAGAUAAUCAAG